AUGCCGAAAGGAAAAGGGUCGAAAAAGUCGAAGAAGGGCAAAGGCCUUUCAGGACCACCCCAGGGACAGCAAUCCACCCCUGACGUCUGGCCCGGCUCGGACGAUGUUUUCUGGCUCGGCAAACCCAGGUUGCAACCUGAAAAUGUAGAAGCAACGGCCGCCAGAGGCAUCAACCGAUUCAGGCCCCUCCCGCCCGGGGCGGCAAGGUGGUCGACGUACCAGGACCAACGCGAAGGGUGCGAGCCGUUUCUCAAGAGCUUGGGCUAUGGCCAACAGUUUCCAAUGCCGCCGCUUGAAGACCCGGAUGCCGAAGCAAACCUCGAUUUGGUCUGCGGCGAAGCCGACUUCCAUGCGCGCCGCCUAUUCAUCGAGUGGAACUCCCUCCGUCGAAAAGUCGGGGGUCUUGACUGUGCUGUCCUCCGCAACGCCGUCGACCACCUAUUCAAGAAACCCCGCCGUGACAGGCAAUCUUUCUUCGAAGACUGCUGGGAGGCAACAUUGCGCAAUUUCAUCGACCUGCCCGAAACGGCGUCGCGAGGGCGGCUGGCCCGCAUCGACAGGCAAGACAUUGCCCACUUGCUGAACCACCUCGACCACGUCGACCGGAGCCGGAUACCAAGAGACGAGUCCGGCCCGGAAAGGGAUCUACACUGGCCGCGCCUCAAGGCCCCUCACGUCUUCCAGGACGAGGGGAACCAAUAUGAGAAGCUCAACUUCGAACUCUUCUUCCACUUCCUCAUGCCCCGGAUAUGCCAGGAAAACUUGAACGACCCGCGGCUGUUCAUCAACCUCCUCGUAUCUCGGGGCCGGCACCACCCAGCCAACUUCACGAGGCGGGACAUGCAGGAGUCGUGGUGCGGAUGGGCCACUCGGUGGUUUUCCACUUUCACUUUCUUGCCCGACGUGGCCGUGUCUUUGGAUGUUCCGGACUUUGAGUACAGCGAGGGCGACCACGAGAGGAUGUUUCUCCAAACCCACCUCGGUCCGAACUUGCAGCAUAACUACCGCAAGCUUUUGUACGAGAAGGAGGCGAAAACUGCCCAGUUCGACUGGCAACGCGGACGCGGCUUCCCCUUCAGGGUCGGCUUUGCCUGCUUAUAUAUGCAGCAUGUCAUUGUCCGAUUCCUGAACGUGGUUUCGGACGCGGCGACGAUGCAGUGGGCAUCCGACAUCCGGGAACUACCCAUGUCCCAACCAGUCUGGCGCAUCGAGGGCCUCCCGGACUAUAGAGACGAGUUCAUCAACAUCCAGGGGUGGGGUCACGUGGGGAUGGUUCCGGACUUGAAGAAUGCCGAAAGCAUCCAGAAGUCGAGGCUUCGGGAUUUCUCCUCGCCCCAAUGGUCGGAUAUGCGACUCUGGAGCAAGCAUUUCCGAGCUCGCGCCGACGAGGCUCUCCUCCACCUCAAGCGAUUGAUGCACCACACCGACUACUUCCUCGAACAGGUCGACAUGGUUCUCGAUCACCACCACGGCCGGGUCGUCGAUGUCGACGGACAAACGCUGCCAUGCUUCCUGGAAGAGACCAGUAAAUUGACCCGGGGAAAUCUCAUCUUCGACGUUGUCGGGCGGAUCUUCUGGCGGGCCCUCCUCGACCUAGAAGCCCACGCUACUCUCGCCAUCGAGUGCUCCACAUUGAAGACAGACCUCGUUCCCUUCCACAGCUCCACGGAUGGCUUAAUCGAGUCCAUACGGCCCUGGCACGACGUGUCGGAGGCCGACAACCUCGACGAUCAGCUAGACGUCCUACUCUGGCUCAACACUCACGUUCGGUGGCUGGCCGACUACUACUGGCGCGAGAUUUGCGAUCGGGGCAUCUGGGUAGCUGGCCCCCAUGCGCGGGAACACUUCUUCAGGGAGACACCCAAUCCGGGCGAGGCAGACCUGCCGCAGAACCCAGGAGAGCACGGUGUCCGCUUUCGACUUCAAGAUGCCGCCUUCUUCGACGACGUGUUUCCGGGAAGCGAGAUGGACAGCCAAGAGGUCGCUACGAACCAGGUGUCGCUCGACUAUGAGGAGCAACUAGAGCGCGCGCAUAAGGUCGUGGGAGCGCACAUAUUCAAGCUCCUGGGGGACAAGAGGGCCUUGGGGUUUGCCGGGCUGGCCAGCGUGGUCGAAUCAAUGGCACCCAUGGUGCAGCCCCUGCUGGACGCGGGAUACUUGUCCAGCUGGGUGGUCGAUCCGCUGAACACCAUGUACUGGUGCGCCCGGCUGGAGGAAGAAGUGGACUUGUUCCAAGACGUGACGGACGACUUGACUUCCCGCCAGGCCGACGGCGACAAGGACUUGUCUCUCUACGAAGACAGCAAGACACUGACGAGCCUCCGUGCCCUCGAGAAGAUGCCCAUCCUCGACAAGGACGUGGUCGGCGGCCACCAUCUCCUCUCCCUCCUCCAGCGGGACGGCGGUCCGGACGAGACGGAGCAACAAGCGCGAAGGAGGAGGAUGGACCAGAAAGCCGCCAUCAAGAAAGCGUGGCUCGGCUUCGUGGCGCGGCUGACGGGGAAGAAACGGUCCAAGCUGGAGGCGUACAAUUUCAAAGACAACAUGUUCGACGUCGAAGAGGUUGGGACGCUACCCCCCGCGUUCGCCAAGCAGUGGCACGAGAUCUUCGACCCUUGGUCGGCGGUGGCGGUCGAUAGGGAAACCUCCUCCUCCUCCUCCUGGGCUUAUAGCCGCGAUUACGACGGCGACGACGACGAAGACGACAAACCGCCGCCGAAACCCCAACUUUACGUACCGCCGCCCAAACCGGCGCCGCAGACGCAGACGCCUCCGCGCCAGGCGAGUCCCCCGAGUCCCCCGAAGAUCACGACGUCGCCGUCGCUGAAACCGGUGCACGGGCGACAGAGGGGCGACCUCGAGCAGAAACAAGCGCAGCGGCUGACGAAAGCGGAGCGGAACAGGGCGUUCCUGGAGGAGUUCCCGCCGCCGGCGGCGCCCGCGCCCCCUCCGCCCGCGAAACCGGCCCUGCCGCUGGAAGUGUGGAACACGCUGGACGAACUGUUCGGGGGGAAGAGGAACGUCAGCGUGAACGACAUGGCGGCUGCGUUCGGGCACCUCGGGCUGAAGGGGGAGAUGGGGGUGGGGUAUAAGUUUGAUUUUACGGAGAGGACGCUGUUUCCGCGGCCCAAGGACGCUUGUCUUCUGCCUUUGACGUUUCAUUUCCCGGAACACCUGAAGACGAAUCAGUCUAUCAAUCGGACGCAGAUCGUUUGGGCCAUUGGGAAGAGGCUGUAUAAGACGGGGAUCACGCAGAAGGGGUUGGAGGAGACGUAUUCGGGGUGUCCCGGGUGGUCGAAGCCGAAGUGGUUUGGGAGUCCGGGAGGGGACGGGGAGGGAGGGGAGGGAGGGGAGGGAGGGGAUGGAGGUGCGGCCGGGGAGGCUGGGGCUUAA